CAAACAGAUCAUGACAAUACAGAUGGCCAAAGCUGCAAAGAGUGAAAAAUGUCAGACAGCUAAAAUCGUUAUGAUUCAUGCCCCGAUCUGCGACACUCUUAUUAACCCUCUAAUGUAUACGUGCUAAACACGAAUUAAUUAACGCACACGAGGAACUUAAGCAAGUUAAGCUAGCUUUAGUUAGCUACUAACCUUUCUUAGCGCCAGUUCUGAAAAUACGGUUUCAAGUGACGUAGUAUGUUUGCCAGCAAUCUAACGUAAAUUAGCAUGCUGGGCUAGUGCAGUCAGCUAGCCGUCUACAGCAGCAGUAGCGACCCGGCACUGACAGGUGCCUUCACUGUGGUAGGAUGCCUGUCGAAGGAAUUCUAUCGGACAUCCGUUCACGACAGGAGGGAUAUGACAAGACGGAGGAAGCCACAUCGAGUGUCCCGGCAGCUAACCUGGAGGACUCCAGGCUUAUAUUCAUCAAUCAGCCUCAACUCACCAAGUUCUGCACUAAUCAUGUCAGCACUGCAAAAUACAACAUGCUCACCUUCCUGCCUCGAUUCCUGUACUCUCAGUUCAGGAGAGCUGCCAACUCCUUCUUCCUGUUCAUUGCUCUUCUGCAGCAAAUUCCGGAUGUUUCUCCAACGGGUCGCUGGACGACCCUGGUCCCCUUGGUCCUCAUUCUGUUGGUGGCAGCCCUGAAAGAGAUCAUCGAGGACCUGAAACGUCACAAGGCCGACAAAGUGGCGAACAGGAAGGAGACUCACGUUCUGCGAGACGGCACAUGGAAGGUUGUUCACUGGGAGAAGGUGACGGUCGGCGAUGUAGUCCGAGCCAGCGACGGGGACCACCUCCCGGCGGACCUCGUACUGCUGGCGUCCAGCGAGCCAAUGGCUAUGUGCUACAUCGAGACCUCGAAUUUAGAUGGUGAGACCAACCUGAAGAUCCGACAGGGCCUCCAGGUCACUGCGGACGACAGAGACGUUGAUAGCCUGUCGCGGCUGAGCGGGCGCUUGGAGUGCGAAAGCCCCAAUCGCCACCUCUACGACUUUGUGGGCGUCAUCCGACUCGAGGGUCAUAGCCCUGUCCCGCUGGGUCCUGAGCAGAUCCUCCUCCGUGGGGCCCGUCUUCGGAACACCCGCUGGGUCCAUGGCAUGGUGGUGUACACGGGCCACGACACCAAGCUUAUGCAGAACAGCACGCGGCCGCCGCUCAAGCUGUCCAGUGUGGAGCGCGUCACCAACACCCUGAUCCUGGCGCUGUUUGGCUGCCUGCUGGCCAUCUCUCUGGGCUGCUCAGCCGGACAGACUGUCUGGAAGACCCGGCACGGGGACCAGGCUUGGUACAUGGACCUCAACUAUGGUGGCGCUGCCAACUUUGGCCUGAACUUCCUCACCUUCAUCAUCCUCUUCAACAACCUCAUCCCCAUCAGUCUGCUGGUGACUCUGGAGGUCAUCAAGUUCGUCCAGGCGUACUUCAUCAACUGGGAUAUGGACAUGCACUACGAGGCCACGGAUUCCUCCGCCAUGGCUCGGACCUCCAACCUGAACGAGGAGCUGGGCCAGGUCCAGUACGUCUUCUCGGACAAAACGGGCACGCUCACCUGCAACGUAAUGCAGUUUAAGAAGUGCACUGUAGCUGGAGUCGCCUAUGGGCACGACAGAGAGACUCCAUUAGAAGGGGCCUUCGAUGAUCCGUCCUUACUGGAGAAUCUGCAGAAUGAUCACUCCACGGCCACUGUCAUCCGGGACUUCCUGACCAUGAUGGCGGUCUGCCACACUGCUGUUCCUGAGAAAACUGGUGACUCGAUAGUCUAUCAAGCCUCUUCCCCAGACGAAGGGGCUCUGGUGAGAGCAGCAGGCUACCUGGGCUUUGUGUUCUCUGGACGAACCCCACACUCGGUCAUCAUACAGGCUCAGGGAACUGAACAAAGGUUUGAGUUGCUGAAUGUCCUCGAAUUUACAAGUGAACGCAAGAGAAUGUCGGUGGUCGUGCGUACAGCGUCUGGGCAGAUUCGACUCUACUGCAAAGGAGCUGACUCUGUCAUCUAUGAGAGACUGGAGGACAGCUCUGAGUACCAAGAAAUCACACUUGACCACCUGGAGCAGUUUGCCACAGAGGGACUAAGGACCCUGUGCUACGCUGUGGCUGACAUCUCAGAGGAGUCGUACAGGGAGUGGGCGGAGUUGUACCAGCAAGCCGCCACCUCCAUCACCAACCGAGCUCUGAAUUUGGCGGAGACCUAUGAACUCAUUGAGCGGAACCUCCAGCUGCUUGGUGCCACAGCCAUAGAAGACAAGCUGCAGGAUGAGGUCCCCGAGACCGUAGAGAUUCUUCUCCGAGCCGGCAUCAAGAUCUGGAUCCUCACCGGAGACAAGCAAGAGACUGCCAUCAAUAUAGGUCACUCGUGUCGGCUGCUCAGGAAGAACAUGGGGCUGUUGGUCGUGAACGAGGACACUCUGGAUGGGACGCGCGCAGUUCUAAGUCAUCACUGCGGCAUUCUGGGUGAGGCGCUCCGCAGGGAGAACGACAUUGCCUUGGUGAUUGACGGCGAGACACUGAAGUACGCCCUCAGCUUCGAGGUGUGCCAGUACUUCCUGGAUCUGGCCUUAUCCUGCAAGGCCGUCAUCUGCUGCAGGGUGUCUCCGCUGCAGAAGUCAGAGGUGGUGGACUUGGUCAAGAGGCAGGUGAAGGUGAUCACGCUGGCCAUUGGCGACGGCGCCAACGAUGUCGGCAUGAUCCAGACGGCUCACGUUGGGAUAGGCAUCUCUGGCAACGAGGGCCUGCAGGCCGCCAACUCCUCCGACUACUCCAUCGCCCAGUUCAAGUACCUGAGGAAUUUGCUCCUUGUCCAUGGAUCGUGGAACUACAACCGAGUAUCCAAGUGCAUCCUGUACUGCUUCUACAAGAACAUUGUCUUGUACAUUAUUGAGAUCUGGUUUGCGAUUGUGAACGGCUUCUCUGGUCAGAUUCUAUUUGAACGAUGGUGCAUUGGUCUUUACAAUGUGAUCUUUACCGCGAUGCCUCCUCUGGCCCUUGGUAUAUUUGAGCGAUGCUGCAAGAAAGAAAACAUGUUAAAAUACCCCGAACUCUACAAGUCCUCUCAGAAUGCACUGGGUUUCAACACGAAGGUGUUCUGGGCGUACUGUCUCAACGGUCUCCUACAUUCUGUCGUCCUCUUUUGGCUCCCCCUGCUGGCCUUCCAGCACGACACUGUGUCUUGGAACGGGAAGACUCCGGAUUAUCUCCUCUUAGGAAAUAUGGUUUACACAUUUGUGGUGAUCACCGUUUGUCUCAAAGCGGGCCUGGAGACUUCAUCAUGGACACUGUUCAGUCACAUAGCAAUCUGGGGGAGCAUCUGCCUAUGGGUGCUGUUUUUCUGGCUGUACUCCUCCUUGUGGCCUGUUAUACCAAUUGCACCCGACAUGUCUGGACAGGCAGGGAUGAUGUUCACCUCAGGAGUGUUCUGGAUGAGUCUUAUCUUCAUCCCUGUCACAUCGCUGCUGUUUGAUGCUGUGUUUAGAGUGGUGAAGAGGACCUUCUGGAAAAAUCUGGUUGAUGAGGUGCAGGAGCUUGAGGCUAAGUCUCAGGAUCUGGGAGCAGUGGUUCAUGGGAAAAGUCUGUCAGAGAGAGCUCAGCUCUUGAAGAAUGUGUUUAAGAAAAACAGCACACAGUCCACAUACAGCACUGAGACCCCUCCCCCAAACAUGCUACAUGGCUACGCCUUCUCUCAGGAUGAAAACGGAGCGGUGUCACAGUCCGAUGUGAUACGGUCGUACGACACCACAAGACAGAGGCCCGCCCAGACCCAGUGAUGAAGCCCCUCCCCUACCCAGCGACGCCCUCCUAUUACAUGCUGCAGUGAUUUAUAGAAGGUUGAGAAAAAGUCACCGAUCAAAUGUGGGCCAGUUUGGAAACAACCUUUGAACCCAUAACCAAACUGGACCACUUGAGGGGACUGGAUAAGUGUAUGCAAUAUGGCGCUGAUUUCACUUACCUUAUCUGAGGCAAAGGGAAGAUGAUAGCCAUAUCGCUUUUACUUAUUUUAUUACUUCAAAUCUACACAGGUGAAGUGGGUGUAGGACUGUUUCCAGAGAAGUAUUUGAUAUUACAUUACAUUUGCGGGAAGUGUUGAAUCACUAUAUUCUUUUUGCCUGAUCACUUACUUUUUAACGAGUCUUUUUCCCCCCCGAAGACUCAACCUGUUUUUAUAUUUGUCAGUGGAAAAAGUUUAAUUCUGAGCCAUGGACAAUGUUUAAAGAGACUCGUCUCAUCUUUUACCUUUUCGUGUGGUAAGGACUCUCAACAUCAACAGAACAUAGCCACAUAAACAGCUGUAUUUGAAUGCCUCAAAAGAACACAUCUGAACUUGAAACGAGUUGUACAGUGGGGGGGGCCCUGUGACGUGCCUCGCCAAAGAGUCCUUUGGUAAAAACCAAUGUCUGUGGGUGAAUAUAGUCUACGAUUCAUUAAUGCCAUCUAACAUCUCCCUUUUUUGCACUCCAGAAUGGUGUCAAGCACUCAUAAGUUGCAUACUGAGCUGUCUGUGACUUACUGAUGUACAUUCCAUGUUUCUCUCCAGUCGCUCCAUCCAAACAGUGCCUUUCAGAGAGUUUCUCUCAUGCAGUAGUGUAUCUCGAUAGCAUGGUUGCAUGAUUUUAGGAUUUUCUUAAUGUGUUAAAACCUUUGCCUGGUUUGAGGUCCGUCCAUAGCUUGUUUUUUUUAGUUACCGCAAUGCAAAUUUGAUCUCAGUGAUGUGUAUUGACUGUUUUUUGUUGCUGUUGUUUUUGAUGAAUUAGACAUGUUUAUCCAUGUUCAGUAUGUGUAUAUAUGUGUGUGUGUGUGUGUGUGUGUGUGUGUGUGUGUGUGUGUGUAAAAUAAGUUUUUCUCACCGCUCAAACCUCAUGCCUGUGAAAGCGGUUAAGCUGUUUGUAUGUUGUACAAAUCAAAAUAAGGAAUUCAUAAUUUCAUUUUAACUUGGCCUAUAACAUUAAAUAUUUAAUUCUCAGAUUUGUAAAGGGACUAAUGAAUAAACCACUACAACACUAAAAUGCAA